AUGGCAACUGAGGAAGAACGCGGAAUGCACGUGAGAGUUACAAAGCCAAGUGUCUCUUUCCUACCCGAGACCGAAACAUCCAAGAUCGUCACAUAUGACCUCCAUCACAGUGACUUGCUUCCUGUGUAUGAUUUCGUCUCCCAGGAAUAUCUGAUGACCGGCAUUGCCGUUGCCAACUCGUACUGCACACGCCUUCUUCUUCGUCGCCCUGCGGAUCCUAGCAAAUUUUCCGGUCUCGUUAUCGCGGAACCAUCUCAUCUGUGGGGUGGAACAACCAUAUGGCGCCUCAUUAAUCGAUGGCUGAUGCGCAAUGGCCAUGCCUGGCUGGAAGUUGAUUCGCAGGCACCCGCGGCAAUUGACCAGAUCAAAAACGUUGAUCCCGAACGCUACAAAGACAUGCACUUUAUCCCUUGUCGUACCCUGGAGGAGUUCUCUAGCAAGAUCCCCACCUUCUCUAAUGCCGAAGAGCUGUGGGAUAACUACAGGAUCUUCAAGGAAAGGUGGUGGGCUGCCACUUUGCAGUCGCCGGAGAUUCUUGUAGCUGCAUCACAUGCCUUGAGAUCAGGACAGCUAAGUCUCAAGGCCGAGAACGUCGUGCUGACUGGUCUUUCACAAACUGCAGACUUGAUAAGAAAGUUCAUCGUCGAGUCUACCCAUCUCCGACUUCCCGAUGGAGGCACCCCAUUUGAGGGAUUCAUGCCAUGCCAAUGCGAUGGUGGAAACCCACUUCCAGAUUUGCGCGAUGCAAAGAUUAUUGAGGUUUUAGGUGAAUUCGAACUCAUUUAUAUCAAAGCACUCUACGACGGAAGCGAGAACCUUCCCCAUCGCCGUGCCGAUAGCAGAUCAUUCCGGCUCUACGAAGUUUCAGGUAUGUCUCAUCGCGAGACUCGAUACCUCUCCAUGGCCGACAAGAAGCGUCUGUCGGUUAUUGAUCUGGAAGGCGCCCAGUGGAGCACAUUUGCCAAUUCCUUUGUUUACCAUGCUCUCUUCGGUGCUAUGAACAAAUGGAUAACGACGGGCGUUGCUCCCCCGCGUGGUACCACGAUUGAAAUCGACGUUUCCGGGGAGGUUGAGCGAGAUGAGUAUGGAAAUGCGCUUGCUGGAGUCAGAACCGUUCAUACAGACGUCCCUACUGCCAAGAUCAUUGAUGUGACCCCUCAGCCACAUCCGCAUUGGCACACUGGUAAUUCUCUCAUGUCCCCGAUAUUCCUUUUCAAUUGGUCUAACCUAGUUGAUAUAUUGAAAGGCACCGAGGUCCCUUUUAAAGAUGUCAAAUUGUGGGCUAUUUACAAAACGGUAGCCAACUAUCGUCGUCAAGCGGGAGAAGCUAUCCAGCGACAGAUUGAAGCCGGAUUUUUGUUGCCUGAAGACGCCGAGGUUCUGCGUCGUGACACCAUUGAGCAAGUCUCCUUUUAA